AUGAGCUGGCCUCGCGUAUGGGGGAAGGCCUCUCGCUGCGGUAAUUGUAGCCCAGUUACCGAACCGCGCAUCGCGGGUGCUUCACACGCCGCGAGCAUCCUUCGGCCCCGGUGCCGCGGCUUUGCUUCACAAGCCAACAGCUCGAAAUCAUGUCUCGGCUCCGGUGCCGCUCGAUACAUGUCGGCGGCAUCCGUAGCCCGUGCCAAGAAGAAGGUUCUUGACCGAGACUUCAUAGUCUCUGUUCUGGAGGUGUCACCGACAAAGAGAGACGCCAAAGGCUAUCUCCAGAAGUAUGCCGACAAAAGCCCCAAGUCUCUUGCUGAGGCGCCCAAGUUCUUUCAGGGUGAUGAGCAGCAACAGACAUCACCUACUCCGUCAAAACCCUUGCAUGUGGCCAUCAUGAAGCUUCGUGCUCCACAAGAGCUCGACACAGAGACUCUUCGUGGGGUCGCAAAUACCUUGUCCCAACUACACAAACUUGGCCUCUUGAGUGUCGUGGUUAUAGACUGUGGCACCGAUGAGAACCGCCUCACCUUCCAAGAUCAAGCAUUCCGCCUCUGCGAAGCCAUUGAUGGGUUUGGAGACAUCGGAGCACGUCUAGUUAAGAACGCCAUUGUGCGUUCAGAGGACAAUUCCCCUGCCGACGUUCGGGUAGAGGACCGGGGCUUUAUGGACCGCAUUCUUCGACACCGCAUGAUGCCUGUCAUACCAUCACUACUCAGCCGGAGUGAGACUCAGGCCCCUCAGCCGGUUGAUUCGAACAAGGUCGUUCUGGCUCUCACUAGGUACUUUGCGGGUUUGCAGUCCAGUGGCGCAGUUGACUCGACGGGCACGAAGCUCCACCCCAAGACUGUUGCCUUGGUCGAGAGAAUCAUUAUCCUCGAUCCGCUCGGAGCCGUUCCAAUGACAGGUCGACCGGGCGCUUCACAUCGGUUCAUCAACCUUGAGCAGGAAUAUGGAUCCAUCCUGAAAGAGCUGAUGGGCCCGGAUGGCUCACCUCUUGCGGAAGAGAGCCCACUCCGUGCCUCAAUCACAGCGCAUGCUGCGAACUUGACUCUAGCUAGGGAUGCCUUGGCUAUACUGCCGUCCACUUCGUCAGCUCUUAUCACUACACCCGAUGCCGCGGCUAAUGUUGUUGCGACUACAAAUAGAGCGAACCCAGCGCUCGAGGAUGAACCGUUCGAGUUUGGUGGCAUGGUCACAACCCGACGCAAGAAGAACCCCCUCCUGCACAAUCUGCUCACGGACAAGCCCGUCUUCUCAUCGUCACUCCCGAUCGCACGUGCCCCGGCAAAUUCCGGCAAAGCACCACUCAUUGGGGUAUCAACGGGUUCGACACUGCUUAAACGAGGCAUGCCCCUGACAAUAUUCCCAAAUCCCCGCGAGAACCCAUGGCGCCCACCUGAACCUGGAGGCCCUAGGCUUCGCCUGACUGACAAAGACAUCGAUCUCCCCAGGCUGGUUCACUUGAUCGAAGAUUCUUUUGGACGCAAACUGGAUGUCGACGACUAUUUGAAGCGGGUUAACGAGAACAUUGCUGGCAUCAUUAUCGCUGGAGAGUACGAAGGUGGUGCCAUCUUGACAUGGGAACGCCCAGAGGGCUUGGACGAUCAAACUGCACACGAACAAGGUCGCUAUGUUCCGUAUCUGGACAAGUUUGCCGUUUUACGAAAGAGCCAAGGUAGUGGUGGUGUAGCCGACGUUGUGUUCAACGCAAUGGUUCGGGGCUGCUUCCCUGAUGGCGUCUGCUGGAGGAGCCGAAAGGACAACCCGGUGAAUAAGUGGUACUUUGAGAGAUCAACGGGUACAAGCAAGCUGUCAGGUUGCAACUGGACAAUGUUCUGGACGACGCCAGGAUUGGAUCCCCGACAUCCGACGCUUCGAGAUUACGAGAGUGUCUGUCGUGGUGUGGAGCCUUCAUGGACGGACAACAAACACAUUUUGGACUGA